AUUCGUCUAGUCGAGGAUGAAGUUUUUCCUUCCACUUGUUGCUCUGUGGCUACCAUUCUGCACCGGCGUCUCGCUACUCACCGAUUACACGAUCGUGCGUCCAGAUGCCAAUGAAGUGGAUGCCGUGGGAGUCAGCCUGCUUUACUGUCAUUGGCAGGGCAACGGGUUUAAUCCUUGUCCCGUUGGUCAACACAGCUACAAAGGAGUUGCCAACUUCAAUCACACUACAGCAAAGACUCAAGGCGGCAAUGAAUUGGUAAUUAAAUUCAAACAACCUUACCUCGGUGAUCCAGUCUGCUUUUUCACGCAAGAGUCUGGCCCUCCAUUUCUCACUACCGUUAAUCCUGAACAACAAGGCAUUAUCAUCAAGCUUUUCAAUCCCGAUGGCUCCAACAAGAACUGGUCUUCCUACACUGGAUGGGUCCAUAUGUAUUGCAUCGGUGCCAUGCCGAUUGACUGAUCGACAUUCUACUCUGAUGUAGUGUGAACGAACUAAACAGCUAAUUUGUGUUUGAUUUCGCGGUGUCGUUGUGCAGAUUGCUGUCCUCUUGUUGCGACCGUCACAGUCGCAGAUUAAUUGUCGUCGUUGUUUUGUUUUACUUGUAAAGAGAAGCGCGCUAGAACUUGAGAUGAAAUGAAUAUUGAACGAGUGAACUGCA